GGCAGGCGACGCGGCGCCGUUGGCACUUUCGACAGUUUACUUCUGCACUUUGCGGGACUGACGUAGUCGAUCCAGUAAUUCCAUGGUCAUAGGCUGGCCAUCGUCUCCCUCCGUUAACAGUAAAACAUGAAGUACUACGCUGUGUUACUUGGGCUCGCUGCCAUUCUGGCUAUCGGCCACUGCGAAGAUGAAGUAGAUGAAGCUGCUUACCUAUUGGUAUCCAAACAAAUUCUGAAUAGGUAUCUCGUCGAGACAAUGGACAUUGUGGUCAAGUACACAGUUCACAACGUCGGUAGUUCUGCUGCGCUGGAAGUUGAAAUAACGGACAACUCCUUCCAUCCCGACAAUUUUGCACACAUUAGUGGGGAACUAAAUGCUAGAAUUGACCGUGUUCCUCCAGGCACAAACGUCAGCCACACAGUUGUUGUAAGGCCAAGGAAAUACGGUUACUUCAAUUUCACUGCUGCUGAGGUCUUAUAUCGCCGCACUGAGGAUGCUCCCAGGAUGCAGGUUGCCUUCAGCAGCGAGCCUGGCGAAGGUCUUGUUGUUGCUUUCAGAGAUUAUGACAAGAAGUUCUCUUCUCACGUAAUUGAUUGGGUAGCAUUUGCAGUGAUGACCCUGCCAUCAUUGGCCAUUCCAUUUGCCCUGUGGUAUUCUAGCAAGAGCAAAUACGAGAAACUUUCAAAGAGCACCAAGAAACAUUGAUCCUCUAACAUCGAACUACUAAAUUCAUUUCAAUCGCGGUGUACAAUAUUUGUAUAAACUCUGCGUGAUUGUGAGAGGCAUGACUGUUUCAUUAUAAAUAAUUAAUUUUUUUUAAAUAAACGCUAUUUAUGAUAA